AUGGAUAAUGUUAUUGGCAACAGAAGAUGUUUGACUAAUGUCGCCAUUUUGUGUGGGCACUGCAAACGACUAGCCCCUGAGUAUGAGGCUGCUGCUACCAGACUGAAAGGAAUUGUCCCUCUCGUAAAGGUUGACUGUACAGCAAACUCAAACACCUGUAACAAAUACGGUGUCAGUGGCUACCCUACCCUGAAGAUUUUUAGAGAUGGUGAAGAGGCAGGGGCCUAUGAUGGUCCCAGGACAGCUGAUGGGAUUGUCAGUCACCUCAAGAAACAGGCAGGGCCUGCCUCAGUGGCUCUCCGCUCUGUGGCAGACUUUGAGAAAUUCAUCCGUGACAAAGAUGCUUCUGUGGUGGGCUUCUUCAAAGAUGCAUUUGGUGACGCGUAUACAGAGUUCAUGAAAGCAGCUAGCAACCUGCGAGAGAGCUACCGCUUUGCACACACCAGCGAGGAGGAGCUGAUCCAGAAAUAUGAGCCAGAUGGCGAGGGUCUUGUCUUGUUCCGUCCCCAACACCUGGCAAACAAGUUUGAGGACAGCACUUUGCGGUACACCGAGGACACAAUCACCAGUGGCAAGGUCAAGAAGUUUAUCCAGGAGAACAUCUUUGGCAUCUGUCCACAUAUGACAGAAGAUAACAAAGACCUGAUCCAAGGGAAGGACUUGUUGGUGGCGUAUUAUGACGUGGACUACGAGAAGAAUGCCAAGGGCUCCAAUUACUGGCGCAACAGAGUGAUGAUGGUGGCGCAGAAGUUCCUGAAUGCGGGACACGUGCUGCAUUUUGCUGUUGCUAAUCGAAAAACUUUUGGCCAUGAGCUUUCCGAGUUUGGCCUGGACAGCAGCACAGGCGAGGUUCCUGUCGCUGCCAUCCGAACCGCCAAGGGAGAGAAAUACGUCAUGCAGGAGGAAUUCUCCCGCGAUGGGAGAGCCCUGGAGAGAUUUUUGCAGGACUACUUUGCUGGCAGCCUGAAGAAGUACCUGAAAUCGGAGCCCAUCCCCGAGAGCAAUGAUGGCCCUGUGAAGGUGGUGGUCGCUGAAAACUUUGAGGACGUUGUCAAUGCGGAGGGCAAAGAUGUUCUGAUCGAGUUCUAUGCGCCGUGGUGUGGCCACUGCAAGAACCUGGAGCCCAAGUACAAGGAACUGGGAGAAAAGCUCAGCAAAGACCCCAACAUUGUCAUAGCCAAGAUGGACGCCACAGCCAAUGAUGUGCCGUCUCCGUACGAAGUGCGAGGCUUCCCCACCAUCUACUUUGCGCCAGCUGGUAACAAGCAGAAUCCAAAGAAGUAUGAGGGGGGCCGGGAGGUGAGCGACUUCGUUAGCUACUUGAAGCGGGAGGCCACCAGCCCCCCCGUGCUGCAGGAGGAGGAAAAGCCCAAGAAAAGGAAGAAGGCCCAAGAGGACCUGUGAAGUGUCUGGCUGCUCAAUUCCCUGGUGGUGGAGGAGAGGGUGGGGGCCGUGGAGAAACCGUGCCCAGUGCCCCGUGGGCUGGAGGGACCCAACUGCUGUACCUACUUGUUUGAUUUGCUGCCCCAGGCCUGGGCGGUGGGGGCGGGGAGGGGGGAGAUGGGUUAUUUUCUAAUUUUUUUGUACAUGUGGAGAAGUGAGACAAUAAAAUGGACCCUUCAAACCA